GAGUAAUGGCUGCGCCCAUGGUUUACUUUCCGGAGCAUGAUAGAAGAACUUUUCUUACCUUUGACAAGAGAGUCACACUUCACUUGACGAGAUUAUGUUCACAGAAGGGCAUAUUUACAACAAUUGCAUUGUUUUGUGACAACGAGAAAGACAUUUUAUCUUAAAAACGGAAGUUGACAUGCAGCUGAUUUUUUCAUUCAUUCAUUCCUAAAUUUAGUACGCCAUCCAACACUAAAAUAUAUCAAUAUACCACUCCAAGAAGAUCGACAGUUAGAAGGGAAACGAUGCAUUAUUCACUCUUGAGAAUUCGUACAUGUCAUGUUGCGGAAUUGUUCUGGUGUGAAUAUCAAUAGAUGAGUAUGCAUUCAAUGUGAGAAGUUUUUGACAACUUGCCAAAUGUAGUUUUCAGUCUUUAUCCAACAUAGAAGAGACAUAUAUGACAAUGGAGGCCGGCAAUGCCGGACCAUUGGUACUAGAAACUUUGGCCAAUGCGUGCAAUCAAAAUGCAUGUGUGUUUAAAACAGCAGAGAAACAGCUACAAGACUGGGAGAUACAGCCUGGAUUUUAUACCAUUUUAUCUGAAAUAUUCUGCAACCAUGAGUUGGAUGUGAAUGUACGAUGGCUGGCUGUCAUGUAUGCAAAGAAUGGGGUGGAAAGAUACUGGAGAAGGAAUGCCCCUAAUGCAAUUGCCGAAUCAGAAAAAGAUGGAAUAAAACAAAGACUGCUGUCCAAUUUCACAGAACCAGUACAUCAGAUUGCUACACAACUAGCUGUCCUGAUUGGGAAGAUUGCACGAUUAGAUUGUCCGCGGCUCUGGACCCAACUACUGCCAACACUGUUUCAAGCGGUACGCUGUCCUGACCACCUCAUCCAAGAGAGAGGGUUACUUGUGUUGCACCAUGUUACAAAGAUGCUGGCUUCAAAGAGACUGGCCCACGACAGAAAAUUAUUUGAAGAGCUAACUAAUGAAAUUUUCGGCUUCGUCCUACAACUGUGGCAGAGUCACCUGCAGGACUUUCUGGAGUCUGCAUCAAAACAUGAUGACAAGAUGGGCCAUUCACUGGACAAGGCUAUUCUGACCUGCCGCAUUUUAAGAAAACAGAUUGCUUAUGGUUUCAAGGAUCCUACCUGUAGUAACGACGCCAGUAAUUUCCUAAACCAAAUAUUUCCCAGUAUGAAGAGUAUGCUUGGCUGCAGACAGAGCAUGUGGGGUCAUCAUUUUAUUCUGGAGAAGUGUGAGAAGAUGAUUAUCCUCCUGACUAAGGUGCUGCUGGACCUACUGGAGUUCCAUCCUGUUUCCUACACUGGUCUCAUCAGGCCAACAUUAGAGUUUGCUGUCAGUUACAACUUCUCUGAAAAUGAAAAAGGACUGUUGUUUGAACGAUUCACUGUGAACACCUUUAACUUAAUCAAGGGUAUCCUCCAGAAUGAAAUGUACAGACCACUGAAAAAUGAGGAAGAACCCCAGGAGCCGUUGAGACAGGAAGCGUGUAAAGUGAAGGCAGAAUUCUUUAACUACGAUACGUUAUCAGAGAUAUGUCGCCGUCUAGUGUCCCAGUACUUUCUCUUGUCUGGGGACGACUUAUCCACCUGGGACUCUGACCCCGAGGAAUUCUGCCAAGAAGAGGUUGGAGACUCUUACCGAUAUUCAUUACGACCAUGUACAGAAACCCUCUACAUUGCGCUGUUUAAGGAAUAUCGGGCCUCUUUGAUCCCUGUACUACUACAGAUGGUCCAGACUGUACAAGCACCCUGUGAUCCUGAAGAUAUGGGGGCUAUACUACGCAAAGAUGGAGUGUACAAUGCUGUUGGUCUGGCAUCGUUUGAGCUGUUUGAUGAAAUCAACUUCGACGAAUGGUUCACCUCCCAUCUCAGACAAGAACUUCAGAUUAAACAUGUCAAUUACAGGAUUAUUCGGCGACGUGUGAUUUGGCUGUGUGCCCAGUGGGUCGGUGUGAAUAUGGCAGUUGGGACACGCCCACUUCUGUAUCAGGCUGUGCUGCCUCUCUUAAACAAGGAAGAGGAUCUGGUGGUCCGAAUAGAGGCCUCCCUCACCCUUAAAACUGCUGUGGAUGAUUUUGAAUUUAAUGUUGAUCAGUUUUUACCUUACCUGAAUGCUUCCUUCUCUAUGUUGUUUGAACUUCUGCAAGAAGUGCGUGAAUGUGAUACAAAGAUGCAAGUGCUACAUGUGAUAUCAUUUGUGAUAGAGAGGGUGGGGGCUCAGAUACGGCCCUACACCACCUCCCUAAUACAGUAUCUCCCGUCCCUGUGGCAAGAGUCGGCUGACCACAACAUGCUGCGGUGUGCUAUACUGACCACUCUUAUACACAUAGUACAGGGAUUUGGCUCGAUCUGCUCCAACAUGUACGACUUUCUGCUGCCCAUCAUCCAGAUAAGUACAGACGUAACACAGGACCAGCACAUCUACCUGAUGGAGGAUGGCCUUGAACUCUGGCAUGUGACCUUGCUUAAUGCACCCAACAUAACAGAACAGCUACUGCAGCUGUUUAAGAACAUGUCAGGUCUCCUGGAUUUGGGAACGGAAAACUUACGGAUGUGCCUCAAAGUCAUACAAGCUUACAUUGUGCUUGGUCCCAGAGAUUUCAUGCAGAGAUUUUCCUCCGAGUUAGCCUCCUCGCUCGCAAGUUUGCUGACAGACCUUCGUACUGAGGGCAUUGUCCUUAUUUUACGUGUGAUAGAACUUGUCUUUCAAAGUUUCCCUUCAGAAGGUCCUGAGGUAUUCCGUAGACUACUGCCAAGUCUACUAAAAGCCGUUAUAGAAGGGGAGGAACAUCCGAUGGUACUCACCGUUUAUCUGGGACUGUUUGCCAGGAUACUACUACAGAAUCCCGAGUUUAUGUGGAAAUUCCUUAAUGAAGUGGCUCCAGAAUUUGGUAAAUCGAGUGAAGCACUGCUCGGUGACAUUGUGGAUAUGUGGGUGAAUAAGAUAGACUGUAUUUCCCAACCUGAACGACGCAAACUUGUAGCAUUGGGGGCGUGUUCACUUCUGUCCCUCAAACUCAGCACUGUGAUGGAGAAAUUUGGCGGGAUUGUGUGUCUGAACGUCGAGGUACUGCACGAUGUUAGUACAAUCCCUGUGGACGAGGACACAGCCCUUCAACUAGAUUCCUUGGUGUUGUCUGACCAGGACGAUACACCAGAUGAUGCCGAGCAGGAGACUGAACAUGAUAAACGCAAGAGGAUGCUGUGCCGCCAAGACCCAGUACACAUGGUACCGCUGAAAGAGUAUGUCCUGUCCCAGUUAACAGCCUGUCAACAACUACACGGCCAGGCAACCUUUGAUAAACUUAUGUCCCAAGUUGACCCUGAAAUCCUCCAACAGCUGCGCGAGUUCUCUGGCUAAUUGUGUUCCAAUACGGAGUGAUUUUAACCAUCACACCAGAUUAAUAUUUGAAAACAUCUUUGUGAAUUAUUCCAUUGCUACUGGAUUUUAUCUGCUGUUUUUAACAAAAAUGAUGAUCCGUUUCAGUCUCUGAAAAAAAGUGAUGCAAGUGAUUUGACCUUUAAUGGUGAUACUUUCUGGUAUAAAGAAGGUUUGCAUUUUAAAAAUAAACAUGAAAUAUCUUAUAAAUGGCUUAUUUGUAAACUUUGGAAAGACGAUGUAUGUUCAGAGGAUUACAAAUACUGUUUUUUCCAAUUAGGGAUCACAGAGCGUUCCCAAGUGUUUUUGUGUUCAGAGUGUAUGUUAAUUUAUAAAUAUACAAUGUAGGAAAUGGAAAGCACCACCAGUGGUGUUCAGUCCUACAAAACUGUGAAUCAAGUCUUUCAUUGCUGUGGUAUAGAUUUGAAGCCACAAGGAAUGUUGGUGGAAAGAACCCUGUGGAGAUAUGAUUGAUCACUGUAAUUAUGUACUACAACUCUAUAUUAUUGCUUAAUUAAUCUCAACAACUUGGUGGUCAACAAACGAGAUGUGCUACAAAUGGUCAACUGGUCAUAGAAGUUAAAAGUCAUCUAGUCAAGAAAGUUACAAACUGUUAGGCAAUAUAGAUCGAGACAGGUUUUAAUUGAUAGCUGACUGGUCAAGGAAGUUAACAUUGAUUGAUGACUGGUCAAGGAAGUUAAAAUUGAUAGCUGACUGAUCAAGGAAAUUAAAAUUUAUAGUUAACUGGUCAAGGAAGUUAAAAUUGAUAGCUGACUGGUCAAGGAAGUUAAAAUUGAGAGCUGACUGGUCAAGGAAGUUAAAAUUGAUGGUCAACACUAGUACUCUUGAUCUGUGAUCAGAAAUGUGAUUUCAUGGAUUUUUUUUAAAGGAAAUUUACUGAAAGUUUUUAUCCUACUCUAUUUAUGUAUCUUUUGUAAUGAAGAGAUAUAUACAGAGGGACUAUAAGAUUGUAUAUAUAUACACAGAGAGAGUUUGUAAGUUUAAGCAUUAAUUUCUAAACAAUUAUUUUAUUUAUUCCUGUAGAAUAGCAAAUCCUUGUUAUAUUGUGUAAAAAACAUUUGCCAAUAUAUCAAGGGAGAUGUAUAUGUCAAAGUGAAAAAGGAAAUUGGGAUCUUUAUUCCAUGGAGACCUUGUAAACACAGUGAGGGGUUUUAUAUCAAGUUUACCGUAUUUAUCCCACAACAAACUCAUGUCUAUAACACCAUUAUGAUAAGUUCACCCUUAUCUAUUGUUCUGUAAGUCCACCCCCUGUCUUUAAUCCAGUAGUCCCCUGGACGUAUCACAGGAUAAGUACGGUAAGUGAGGGACAGUGUAUCAAGGUUUCACUCAUUAAGUGUUCAAACAGGAUGACAGAUAUGGAAGCAUUCCACUGGAAUUCAAAGAUGAAAUAGCUAAUUAUGUGAUACGUGUUUGACCAGAGGAGGAGAUUGAAUGGACAAUAUUGUAGUAUCAAAAACUGUAUUGUGUUUUGUAUUCAUCAUGUUAUAUAAACCAUUUCUUUAAAAGAAAGUGUGCUGUAUUUAUCCUCAAAUAAGCCCCCUCCGCCCAGCUGUGUAAAAGUUAUGUAUUAAAGUUUGGGGAGGGCUAAUUGGUAAACCACUUUAAGCUUACUAUUUAAAGAUUAAUGAUGCGAUACAAAUGAAAUAGGGGGCUUAUUUGUGAGCAAGAGCUUAUUGUAACAGGUUUAUUUGCAGAUAAAUACAGUAAUAAUUGUCAAGAGUACUUCUGAAAAUAUGUCUACUUGCAAGCCUGAAUACUUAUGUUAAAUAUGUUAUUAUGUACUUUUGAUAGUGUAAUGUACUAAAUAUUCUGGAUGUACAAUUGAUAUUUAUGUGCCGAGUUUGUGAUAGACAGAAUUUCCCCAUGCAUACACAAAGUAUUCUGAUCCCACUUAGCCAUGGCUUUUGUGACAACAGUAUGUAAUGUUACUACAUGUAGUAAUCUUCAUAUCAUUGAAAAGUGACGGGAAUGUAUACAUUUAGGUAUAACCCUCAUAAAAAAAAUAGGAUAAUUCAAAGCUCUAAGACUUGUAAAUGUAUUAAAUCUGAAACUUACCCAGUAAUCAAACAAGGUCUGAAAAAUGGACAUAAUGAAAACUCGGAUGCGUUGUUAGAGAGAACUAAGAUAUAAACCACAAUAUGCUUUGUUCGUUAGUUGGUAAAUAAAAUAAAAUUGGUGUCAUAAUGAAGGCUUCUUUGAUUUUACAAAAUGUUUCAAGUCAUGCUCAGCCAUUAAUUCCUUGCUAAAAGUAACUUCUAGAAACAUAGUCUGUUUCAGCUCAAACUUUUUUGUAAUGCAUUUUUCUAAAACAAAAACAAGAUAUGAAAAAGUUAUAAAAAAAUAUAAAAAUAAAAAGUACAUUUGCAAUAAAUAAAAAAAUGACAAAAUUAAGUAUUUGAAAAUGAAUUUGAAAAAAAAGAAAUAUAUAAAAACAAGUGAAUAAUCCUGCAAUAAAUAAAAAUGAAAAAAAUAAGUAUUUGAAAAUGAAUUUGAAAAAAAAAUGUAUAAAAACAAGUGAAUAAUCCUGUGCUGAUAAAACUUCAUUUUGGAAUUUAAAUUAAUAGGAUCAAAAUGAAAGAUGAUAACUUGCCAAGGGAAGUAACUGUAUUCCUGGAAAACAACGUUUUAUUUGCCUAUUUAGUAUGAUGGUAAAAACAAAAUUUGAAAUGUAUUGAUAUGGUGUUGAUCUGAAAAGGUACAAGCUUAAGAAUUUCUGUAUGAUUUUGUGGGAACUAAUGUUCAAGUGCAUUGUGAGGGGCACAAUAGUCGUACAUAGGCCUGACUGUGUGAAAAUUGUUAUGACCCUAUAUUCAGAUAUCCCUGAAGUCCUGCCCUGUGUUUAAAUGUAGACUGCUAUUGAAUAAUGUAUUUCACUCAAUUUUGCCAUGUUACGAUCCACAAGCCUUCACCUAUCCAGUGUUUCCCUGAUCUGUUUUGUUAAAUAUCUUUAAUAUUUUGGUGCUAUUUAUCUUAUAAAUAUAUCAGUGUGUGAUUAUUAGUAAAUCUAAAAGUAAACAAUUGAUUAGAUCAUUGUAAGCUAAGUUUAUGAGCUAUAUAGCUUUUGAUUAAUAUUCAUUAAGUGUGAUUAAUGUGGCUAUUAUCUAUAUAUAACUACAUAUAAAUUUAAUUGUCAAGUAGUAAUAACAACAGUACAGACAAGUAAAUUGUCGAAUUUUCGAGGUAAUCUGCCCCUUUAUCAAGACACAGGUAAUAUGAUAUGUUAUGUUAUGUAAUACAUGUAUAUAAAUUGAUAUAUAAUACAUAGUAUGAUUUCUAAAACACAUUUUCCCAACUGUCUUAUUCGGGGGAGUAAGCUUUCCUUCGAGAAUGUUGGUGGUCCUGAUGGAAAUCCCAGGUAUUAUACACAGUGGAACCUGUCUAAUCUGACAAUUUGUAGGACACAGCAUAUUUGUCAGAUAAGAGAGGGUACCAGUAUGCACACAUCUUGUUUGAUAGUUUUGAUUAAAAAGAUAUGUUAUGUUGCAAUUUUAAUCGAAAAGCUAUCCAUUAGAACAGAGUCGGAUACGAUAGGGUUCACUGUAUCAUGACUGUCCUAAGGUGUUUUUUUUAUGUUUAUCUGUUUCAGUUAUGCUACAAUAAACCAAAUUCCCAUUUCU